AUGGAUAUUGAUAACCUGACGAAACUUGAGAGUUUGGAUGUUCGUUCAAUAAUUAAUGUCAUUAGAACACGUUAUCAGAAUGGUGAAAUUUACACAAAAUGUGGUGAAAUUAUCAUUGCUGUCAAUCCAUUUCGUGAUUUGAAAAUAUACACUGAAUAUCACCAUGAGCUUUAUAAACACGAAUAUUGGUCCAAGACCCUCAAAUCACACAUCUUUUACACAGCUGAAUGUGCCUUUCAGAAUAUGCUUGAAUCACACACAAAUCAAGCAAUUAUUGUCAGUGGAGAAUCUGGUUCAGGAAAGACAGAAAGCACUAAAUAUAUGUUACGACAUCUCAUGUAUUCAAGCUUGGGAAACAAGGAUUCACCAUUACAAAAAAAAAUCAUCCAAGUGAACCCAUUGCUAGAAGCAUUUGGCAAUGCACAAACAGCUAUGAACAGAAAUUCUAGCCGCUUUGGCAAAUACACAGAAAUAUGUUUUAAUACAGAAGGAAGAGUAACAGGAGGCAUUAUUCGAGAUUACAUGCUGGAAAAAUCUCGAUUGGUACAUCAAUGUCCUGGUGAAGGAAACUUUCAUGUCUUUUAUGCUUUCUUUGCGGGUGCUGAUCUUAAACAAUAUGAAUUAACAAAGCUAAUAAACUACAGAAUUCUGAAAAACACAGAUAUUCAUCUCAUCAAAGACAUCCAUCGAUUCAAAAAUUUGUAUACUCAAAUCAUUGAAAUUUUCAGCAUUAUAAAUUUUACUGAAGAGGAUAUUAAUACUGUUGAAAGGAUCCUUGCAUCUAUUAUCCAUUUAACACAAAUUGAAUUCAGCAGUGAAGCAGCACAAGGCAUCUCUGUCAAAUCACCUGCUACUCUCAUAACAGUGGCAAAAUUAUUGAAUUUAGAUUUUGAACAACUGGAAAAGGCACUCAUAAACAAAACAUUAAAAAUGCCAGAUGAAUCAGUUGAAACACAAAAAAAUAAAGAACAAGCUGAAGAAGGAAGAGAUGCCCUUGCCAAAUCUUUAUAUGAACGUCUUUUUGGAUGGAUUGUUCGAAAGAUUAAUGAAGGCAUAAUGCCAGUUAAAAAGGAAGGCUGUGCAAUUGGAAUCUUGGACAUUUCUGGAUUUGAGAAUUUGAAGAGAAACAGCUUUGAGCAGCUGUGUAUUAACAUCAUCAAUGAACGGCUGCAAAAAUAUUUGAACAAACACAUAUUUGAGUGUGAAAAACAAAUCUACUUGGCAGAAGGAGUGGAUAUUGAUGCAGGAGGAAUUGACUUUUUGGAUAAUGAAGAGAUCAUAACAAUGUUAGCAAAGCCUCCUUGUUGUCUUUUGAGUAUUAUCAAUGAAGAAUCCCACUUGCCAGAAACUAAUUACAAAUCUUUGGCUGAGAAAAUGGAUUCUUUGUUUAAAAAAUAUGACCACUACAAAGCAUCAGAAGGAAACACUGGAUAUUUUUGCAUUCAGCAUUUUGCUGGAGAAGUUUGGUACAACACAUAUUCAUUUCUAGAAAAGAAUAAAGAUGAACUAAGCCAUGAUUUGGUCAGCUGCCUCCAAGACAGUUCAGAUGAGUUUAUCAGUGACCUCUUCACAGUCAAAAAGGGACCAACAGGAACAAUCUCAGUCACACCAUUUCAGUAUCGGCCUUCAAGAAAAUUAACAUUGGAAACUAAACUUCAACAUCAGCAUCGGUCUCACAGAAGAAUUCCCAAUGUCAAAAUAACAAAACCAGACAAAACUGUCAUUUCAUACUUAAAGGCUUCUAUGGAAUCUCUGCUGCAAAAACUUAAUGAAUCUGAGCCACAUUUUGUCAGAUGUGUCAAGCCAAAUGAUUAUCAUCGACCAGAUAUGUUCAAUGAAGAAAAAGUCAAGGAGCAACUCAUCUACUCUGGUAUUGCAGAAGCGGCCAAAAUACGCAAACUUGGAUUCCCAUACAGACUACCAUUCAAUGAAUUCAUUAAAAGGUAUAGUGCACUAACCAAAUACAUGAAAUCUCAUUUGGAUGACACAAAACAGGUUUAUGCCAUGUUGACAUACCUAAAUAUUGAUCCAAAUGAAUAUCGACUGGGUACAUACAAGGUAUUUUUAAAACAACCAUCUUAUUUGUACAUCUGUAAGUGCUUAAAAAUUGUAAAGACCUACUCAGCCAUCAAGAUCCAAAGAUUCUGGCAAUCAAUCAAAAGGAAAAGACAAGCAAUGUUUCAAGAAGCAGGCAUAAGUAUUUUGAGAAAACGGAAUAUCCCUACGACAAAAAAGAGUGUAAAAAUCAAUGUUGAAAGCAAAGUGUGUGAUAGUUACACAUCUGAUGGUGCUGUUCCUCUUGAUGACAUUACCUCACGUUUGGGACUUAUCAGUGAGAAUGCUUCAUCCAAAUUAAAAAGGAAAACAAAAAAAAAGAAAAAAGAGCAAGGACAACAUUCAUCUUCAUCAUCUGAAGAUGAAGAUGACAUGCAGCCUUGGGACAUCUUUCAGUCUGUAGCAGAUGAACCAAAUACUUCUGCCUUACAAAAUACAACUUUGAUCAAAAUGAUUAAAAUUGUUUUCUACGUAUUACUUUUCCUGAUUGUACUGGGCACAACUGUCACACAGAAGUUGUCUCUCUUUGCCCUCAUUGACCAACAGAAAAGCAGUAAUCAAUUUUUCACAUUGUUGCUUAUUGCUAUCUGCAUUCCAUAUGGUUUAACAGUUAUUAUUUCAAUGGGAAAAGUUUUAUUUGGAUCAAAGAAAACUGUCAGUUUCAAAACUUGUUUGAAGGUGUUGCUGAUUGAAAGUGUUCACACAAUUUGCCUGUCAUUAUUGGUAUUUGAUAUCUACCCAAAACUUAAUAUUGUACCAGGAAUUUUGAUUAUGAAUUCAACUGCAUUUAUACCAAGUUUACUCAGAACAUUAUUCCCAGUUGGUAAAAUAAAUGAACACAUCAACAACAAUAAUAAUGACAUCUCCAGGACAAGAUCAGAAAACUCAAAAAUAUGGAAACGAACGACAAUCAAAUUUUUUGAUGUAAUUAGCGCUGUCAUUCAGUUUGCAAGCAUCAUCACUUUUGCCAUUUUCUUAAAUGAUUUAAAAUGGUAUCAAAAACUAGAAUUGGUCCUGUCAUUUUUAUUUGUGUCAAUUUAUUGGUGGGAAAACUUCUAUGACGGCUGCACAUUUUCACUCAAAUUUAAUCAAACUUUAAUGGAAAUCAAACAUGAACUGCAAUAUGUCCGACACUUCAUGAACAUGAUCUCAUACACCUGGAAAAUUCUGCUCACAGUGUUGUGUGCCUAUUUUUUGGAUAAUCAUAAAUUCAGCGUGGACUUUAUAAGCAAAAAUAUUGAGAAAGAUAUAAAUCUGUAUUUACCCAUCAUUCUUUUGUGCUUGUGCAAUGCAUUUGGAUAUUAUUUUGCAUAUUUGGCCUGCAAAUUAUGCAUGCAAGAAUUAGCAUUUGCUAUACCACUUUUGUUGUCAACUCCAGUCACCAUUUUUAUUACCUUAUGGCCUUGUUUGAAAAAAAUAAAUAUGACAAAUGACAAUCCUUUUCAUUAUCUGAACAACUGUUGGUUGGUAAAUGAUGAAAAGAACAUUGUAGCUGUAACCAUUGGCUGCCUUUUGUAUAUUUCCAUCUAUUGGAUUGUCAGACAUAUUUUCAGAUCAGAACAAAGUCGUCUUAUGAGGAGAGAAUUGUUGUUUCUUAAUCCAUAUUUUUGUUCAUUUUUCUAUGAACAAGGAAUUUUGAUGAGUCGCAGAUGUCACAAUUAUAUUAUACAAUACUCAAAUAUUUAUGGCAAAUUUAUUUACAAACUGGAAAAGUACGAAGAAUCUGCCAACAUAACCACAGAGGAAACAAAAGGGAAAAAGUAUCAUCCAAAAGUUUAUGCAUGUGCAACAAUGUGGCAUGAAACUCCAAAUGAAAUGAUGCAAAUUCUGAAAUCUAUAUUCAGGAUGUCAAUAGAACAACAAAUUCGAAAAGAUAUGAAAGAAAUUGAAAAAGAUGAUGAUGGUUACUUUGAAUUUGAAGCUCAUAUAUUUUUUGAUGAUUCUAUGACAUUGAAUGAUGAUGAGGAAGUUGUUGUCAAUAAAUUUGUGCAAACAUUUGUGUCAAAGAUUGAUGAAGCAGCAAGUUCUGUUAUGAAAUUACCUGUGAAAUUAGAGCCUCCAGCAAAAAUCAUCACUCCUUAUGGAGGUCAACUUUUAUGGGUUCUACAGAGUGAUGUAUUACUAUAUGUGCAUCUGAAAGAUAAAAACAAGAUUCGUCACAAAAAAAGAUGGUCUCAGGUGAUGUACAUGUACUACUUACUUGGACACCGUCUUACAAAGAUGUGUGAACAUGACUUAUUGAAGAAGAUAAAGAGCAACCCAGACAUAUAUCAAGCUGAUGUCUUUGAGUUACUUAAUGAAGAUGUUAACAAAACUGCUGAGAAUACAUUCUUAUUGGCAUUAGAUGGUGACGUUGAUUUCAACCCUGAUGCUGUCAAGCUUCUUAUUGAUCUAAUGGUGAAGAAUAAUAAAGUUGGAGCUGCAUGUGGUCGUAUUCAUCCAAUUGGUUCAGGACCUAUUGUGUGGUUUCAGAUCUUUGAAUAUGCUGUGGGACACUGGCUACAAAAAGCCACUGAACAUGUACUUGGUUGUGUCCUUUGCAGUCCUGGAUGUUUUAGUUUAUUUAGAGGAUCUGCUCUUAUGGAUACAAAUGUCAUGCGCAAAUAUACAAUCUUACCAACAGAACCCAAACAUUAUCUACAGUAUGAUCAAGGGGAAGACCGUUGGCUCUGCACACUUCUGCUCCAACAAGGCUACAGAGUUGAUUAUUGUGCUGCUGCUGAUGCUUAUACUUAUGCACCAGACACAUUCAGUGAAUUUUUCAAUCAACGACGUAGGUGGAUGCCAUCAACCAUUGCAAACAUAAUGGAUUUAUUGGCAGGUUACAAAGUAACUGUCCAGAAAAAUAAUAAUAUUAGUACACUUUAUAUUUUAUACCAAUUGGCUUUAAUGCUGUCAACAAUGAUAGGUCCAGCUACUGUGAUGAUGAUGAUUGCAGCUGCACUUACAUCUGUGGACCUGUACAUGAAACUGACAUCAAUGAAAAUUAAUGACAGCACCUUGAAUCCCAAUGGCAGAGAAACAAUAAAUGUAAAAUAUUUGACGCGGUCGAUUUUUUCGACUCUCUCUCUCUCUCUCUCACUCUCUCUCUCUCUCUCUCUCUCUCUCUCUAUCUAUCUAUCUAUCUAUCUCUCGUCGUUUUGA